AUGGCAGGUGCUGGGGCAGCUUUGCGGGUCCUGUCUGGUGACAUCGGAGAAGGGGCCACUUCGUGCAGGGCGGCCAUCCGAACGGCCAAAGGUCUCGUUUCAGACUUUGGGGAGUCUGCAAAGCAUUGCUCCCCUGGACUUUCUGAGUUGGCUGCAUGCAGGGAGGAUCAUUCAGAACGUGGUGUGCAUUCAAUCAUAGAGAAAUACAACUUGUCUGUUCCAAUACCACUCACAGUCCUGCCAAAGGCACCGGGGGUGAUCUAUCCAGGCGAAAUGCGUGGUCUAUCUUUGUGCGAUUGGGCGCAAUGGCUUGUUGAUUUGAACCUGUGGCACAUUCAUGUUGGACUUGCGGAGGCUGAUUCACGCCGGGAGCAAAAGAUUUUGAGCAAAUUCUGGAAGAGAUUCAGGGCUAUCAAGCCAACGCAUGAAGUCUUCAAGUUGGCAGACAGUGGCCGCUUAGACCUCACACGCUGCUGCCCCAUGAUGGUCCACGGAGACGAGGGCCGUGGCCGCAAGAAAAGCGGUUUCCUCGUGGUCAGUGUCAACUCGUACCUUGGCUUAGGCACCCAGGAGGCAAAUUUGGCACGUGAGAGGGGCGAGUUGCCUAGAGAAUACGCCAGAAUGAUGUUGAACUACGUUGGCUCACCGUUUUGCCACCGGAUCUUGCUCGCAGUUCUUCCCAAGAUGUUUGGUGACCACGAGGCCUUUCUCAGCAUCAUGGAUUUCGUGGCAGCUGAAUGUAAGAAAAUGCUUCUCCAAGGAGUUCGUGAUCGUAGUGGCCGUACUUUCACCAUGUGCAUUUUGCACAAUACAGGUGACUGGCAGUGGCACGUGAAGGCUGGAAACCUUGUUCGCUCGUACGCCAACGUACAGAAAAGACCUCAGACGGCGGAUUCAAAUCCCAAAGGGAUAUGUCAUCUUUGCCGCGCAGGCCAAAGAGGAAUAGAUUGGGAAGGUUACAGGGCAGAUUCAGAACCAAGAUGGUACAGAAGUAUGUACGAGGAAGAUCCAUUUGGGAAUCCAAGGCCUGCGCUGAAUACAAUUCCGCACGUCCCACAGGAGCAACCUGGCUUUUAUACAUAUGACUUAUUCCACACGUUCCAUCUUGGGAUUGGAAAAAGUUUCGUUGCUGGAUGCCUUGCCCUAGCCUCCGAACAGAUGGAAGCAUCGCAAGCGGACGCUCGUUUUGCAGAACUUACGGAACUUUAUUUUGCCUUUUGUGCAGAGCAUCAUGUUGUGAGCUACCUUUCGGGAAUCAGCCGAUCUACAAUUGGCUGGCCAGACUCUUCAAGCUUCCCAAAUGGCCAAUGGAGCAAAGGUCACUUGACCCGAAGCCUUUCUGACUUUUUCAUGUGGUGGGCCGAGCAACACGAUUUGUCGCAUCACCGCCUCCUAGCAAAGUGCAAAGAGACAAACUUGCUCAUUUCUCAUUGCAUGAAAAGGCUUUAUUCUCGAGACGUGUGGCUCUCACGAAAUGACGCAACAUUCGUGAGCACUACAGCACUACAGUUUCUUGAAGGGUACAGUUGCCUGGCAACGAUGGCUUACAACGAGGAUAAAAAUUUAUUUCCACAUAUGCCCAAGGGGCACAGCAUGCACCACAUUUUCUACGACCUGAAGGUUCUCCUGAUGUCUUCACCACAUGCUGAGUGGUUCCUCUCUCCGUUGUGUCACUCGGUACAGAUCCACGAGGACUGGGUCGGAAGGUGCAGCAGAUUGGCUAGGCGUGUCGCAGCUGGUCAAGUGGUACUUAGAGUACUUCAACGAAAUUUACAAGCGUGCUACAAGCACUUUCGUGAGCAAGGCUACUUGAAAGAGUGA